AAAUCUCUUAACGCCGCCACUUCAGCAUUCGAGCCAAAAACCACCAAGCAAGGACAUUUCCCACUUCGUUGAGACGAUGGCGGACCAGAGCAUGAGCCUCAUGGACGGCACGUACUUCGUGGGUCGUAAGGAGAUCCUGGACUGGAUCAACAAUUUGUGCGCCAUUAACUUGUCCAAAGUGGAGCAGACGUGCACGGGCGCUGUGGCCUGCCAGAUCCUGGACGCCAUGUAUCCUGGCAAAGUGCAGAUGAGCAAAGUGGACUGGGCGGCCAACAAAGACUACGAGUACAUUCAGAACUACAAGGUACUACAGAAGGCCUUCAUGCAACUUAAGAUCGACAAGCACGUCGAGGUGGAUCGCCUCGUACGUGGCAAAUAUCAGGACAAUCUCGAGUUUAUGCAGUGGUUCAAGGCCUUCUACGAGCGCAACGCCUCUGGCCAGCCCUACGACCCCAUUACGCAGCGUGAGAAGGGCAAGGGCGGUGCGCAAUUCACGCAAAAGUUCGGCGGGGGCGCUGGAGCCGCGUCAUCCGCUCCAGCGGCGCCGCUACGUCGAAAAGUGGGCGCUACUACGACCUCCAGAGUCGGACGGACGCCGCCUGGAGCCCCAACAACUGCAGCUGCUACUCGCACUGCCAGAACGUCUACGGGAGCCACGCGUCGUCCCGUGGGAAGCGCUGGAUCGACUGCAGCACCGUCUGAAGCGAACACGGAAGCGGCUGUUGCGGCCGCAACGGCGCCUUUGGAGAAGGAACUGGAGGAACUGACGGCCAACAACGAGGCGCUGACGAAUGAGAGCGGCGAGCUGCGCGCGAUGGUGGAAAGUCUGGAGAAAGAGCGCGAUUUCUACUUCAAUAAACUGCGCGAAGUGGAGAUCAUGCUGCAGUCGGCCGAAGAUAACGAGACGAAUCCGCUGGCACAGGCGAUCUUCAAGGUGCUGUACGCCACGGAGGAAGGAGCCGAGGACGAACAAGUGGCGGGCGAGCCUCAAGACGAGCAGAUGUAGACGAGCACCAGAUUUCAGAUGCUUCAUAAUGGAAAGCUACAUUAAACAAGCACAUAACUGGAAGGAAAGAUCGACAAAGCGUAGGUUUGCAUACAAAUUGCCGGUAAAGACGCAAGGAAUGAAUACAGUACUACGUGCUAUUUGAGCGGUAGGGCGUAUAUUGCCUAUUCUGUACAGCUUUCAACCGCACGUAGGAGAGCUAGUAGUUAGCAGUGUCCGCCAGGGAGCACAGGCUCCUCCGUGAUCAGGUCUUGAGCUGUCGGAGUCUCGGUCGCUGGUAGUACCGGUGGUACUGUAGCACUAGGUGACGGUGCUUUAGAUGGUAGAGCGGUAGCGUGUGACGGUGUUUCAGUUGGUAGAGCGGUAGUUGGUGUCGCUGUCUGUAUCGGAGGUAGAGUAGAAGGGAUGGGGGUCUCGAUUGGCGCUGCGGAGGUCGACGACGGAGCGGUGGCAUCAGUUGGCAAAGGCGUCGAAGGCUCUGUAGUUGCUGGUGGUGUCGUAGUCGGCGUUAAGGUGGGAGCAUCAGUCACAAACGUCGGCAGGGGCGUCGCAGUCGGCGUGGGAGCUGCGUGAUCAUGGGAUACGUCGUUGGAGAUUGUGUCGUUUGGAUCGCAGAUCAUCUUGAGACCUGAACACUCUUGGUGUUCCAGAGGACACUCGUCAACUGGUAGUCUUGCAACACACAACAUCCAGCACACAUCCGCUUGAGUUGUGGUGCCAGUACAGUCACAUUUCUUCUCGCAUUUAGCAUCAAAGAACUCGGUGUGAUAAUUACACGCCUGAUGGCAGCCCACGGUGGGAGGUCUCUCCACUCCAGGCUUUAAAGUGCAUAUCGAGUACGUGCAGCUUCCUUCCGACUCGACUAAAUGCCGCCCGCCAGCACAACCGAUAGCCUUGAGGUCACUCGAGUCCCCAUUCGAUAACAAGUGACGCGUAGUCCGGUUGGUGAACUCGUCAAAGUCCAUGUUUGUCUCGAGUAAACGUUGGUACGAAGGCAACAGCGUCAUCUUCCCGAACCAGGCGCGAAGAUUCCGUUGCUCUGGAGUGGCCCCCACCAGUUCUUCAGGCAUUCGCAUGCCGUGCAUGACAGCCGGGAGAUGGUGACUGGUUUCCAGCCAACGAGACACCCCGGUUCCCAUCAUGAUGACGAGUUCAUCCUCCUUUAAGUCUGGACGUACAAUCUCAUCCAGUUCGGUGGCUCCGAUGACCAACCCAGAGGCGUCGGACUUCAGACGUCGCUCUUGAAUGUUCCCGUUCUUAACGGAGAAGAACUUCGGUGCAGCCAUCGCAAUAAAGAGUCCGUGGUCUUCAUGCAUAUCCAACGACAAGUCUCGCUCAAUUUCUUGUGCUGAAAGAGACCGGGUAGAGCUUGACGCUGCAGCUUCGUAGGCGUGGAAAUGGUCGAGGCGCUUAGCGUCGCCAAUGAGUUUCCGUGCACUGAUGGAGCGUUCGCCGUCGCCCAUUCUGAACUCGGUCUGGUCUAAAGCUGAAGCGAACGUAUCCACUGCGCGCUCUAACGUACCACUGAACUCUUCGUAGAGCUCACGAUGACCAGGACAAAUGGCCGCCAUCGCAUUGAGCGUCUCGGUGUCCGUAUCAAAGAGUUCACGACCUGCAGCAGCUCGCAACGUGAGUCGACGAGUGCCAUCGCGGAACUGCUUGGUGGACAGGUAACGCACGCUUUCGUCCGUAUUUUCCGAAGCUACAGCGCACUGCACGGAACUAGUUAAGAACCGUUCGCGUACGUUGAUGUAGUUCGGGAUAUUCUUGAGUGCGAUGAUGCCUCCACGUUCUAAAGCCUCAAGCAUACGGCCCGGAGUACCUCCAGAUUGCAGGGAAGUGUAGUCGAAUGACGGGACGGUGAAGCUUGGAACGUCUUCAAGUGCAGCGUCAACGCGUACAGCAGCAAGUGCAGAACAUGCAAGUGCGAGCUUGAGACCACAAAGCAUGGCAAGAAGCUACUGGAUUGGAGUGGAGGUUGUUGCUUGAUGUGGUGGAAUGCAAAAUGGCAACUGGACGGCUGAGGUCAUGGGUCGAGGCAGUAGGUGGAUGUUAUGUAAGCAACUCAGAAAUGUCAACGAGUGGCAGUCACGCUGCAGCCUGCACUGCAGGUGCAGGGCUUCCUGCAGGGCUUGUCAAGGCAUGUCAUCGUCUUCUGACGGUGGGAGAAAUGGCAUCACAAUCGCGGGAGCGUUGCAGUGCCUCGAACAGCAAAGGCAAUUGUUGACUUGCCAUGCGCUUCAACCUCAAUCACCACGUCCGAUACAUCAUCACUGCAUUUGCUCAAUUAAUAGACUCAACGCCAACUUGACAAGGUACACGAAUCUUUUGCUCACGUUGCUCGCAUCUAACGAAGGUGUUGGAUUCCCAUUAAGUAAAGUAUCCAUGGUUUCCC